AUGUUUUGGCCUUUGGCUCGAAUCUCCACUACAUUUCCAGUGGAGACCAUUUUAGACAAGGAAAAUUUUACACUGGAGGAGCUUCUGGAUGAAGAUGAAAUAAUUCAAGAAUGCAAAGCACUUAAUGGCCGUCUUAUUAAUUUUUUGCAGGAAAGAACUCAAGUCGAACAACUUGUUCGAUACAUAGUGGAAGAAGCUCCUGAAGAUGCUGAGAAACAGCGUACUUCUAAGUUUCCUUUUGUUGCUUGUGAAAUUUUCACCUGUGAAGUUGAUAUAAUACUCAAAGCUUUGGUAGAGGACGAGGAGCUUAUGAACCUGCUCUUCUCUUUCUUGGAUCCUAAGCGCCCUCAUAGUACAUCAUUGGCAGGUUACUUCAGCAAGGUGGUUGUCUGCCUCUUGCUGCGGAAGACGAUUCCUUUAAUGAAUUAUGUACGAAUUUUCAUAAUUUUAGGUAGUUGUCUGCCUCUUGCUGCGGAAGACGAUUCCUUUAAUGAAUUAUGUACGAAUCAUCACGAUAUUAUCAGGAAGCUUAUUGACCACAUCAAAAUUUCAUCUAUCAUGGAGGUUCUAAUUCGACUAAUUGGUGCUGAUGAGCACAUAUAUACUAACUACUUGGACUCAAUUCCAUGGUUGGAUGAUAUGAAUGUUCUGGAGAUGAUUGUGGAAAAGUUCAGUUCAUCAGACUGCCCUGGAGUGCAUGCUAAUGCUGCUGAAACACUUUGUGCAAUAGCUCGAUAUGCUCCCCCGGCAUUAGCUUCAAAAAUCUCCAGUCCAAGUUUUAUAGGAAGAUUAUUCUGUCAUGCUUUGGAGGAAUCACGACCAAAAUCCGUUUUGGUUAACUUGCUGUCUGUCUGCAUAUCCUUGUUAGACCCCAAGAGGCUAAUGCCAGGAACAUAUCAUUUAUACAACUGCCAAAUGACUUACGGAUCUGGAAUCAAUGUAAAACCUGAGACAGUUGAAGGCAUGUUGGCGAGCCUAGGCAAUAUACUCAAGCUUUUGGAUCUUUCAUCCGAAGAUAUGGUCUUGCUAACUACGUAUGGAAAGUUGCAGCCUCCUCUUGGAAAGCAUCGCUUGAAGAUUAUAGAGUUCAUCUCAGUCUUGUUGACUGUUAGUAGCGAAGCUGCAGAAAAGGAAUUGAUUCGCCUUGGCUCUUUAAAAGGCAUUAUAGAAUUAUUUUUUGAGUAUCCAUACAAUAACUUCUUACACCACCAUGUCGAGAACAUUAUAGUAUCUUCCUUAGAAAGCAAGAACGCACAUUUUGUUGAACAUCUUCUUCAAGAAUGUAAUCUUCUUGGGAAGAUUCUUGAAGCAGAGAAGAAUUUCACAUUGGAUGUUGAUAAAAAUAAGCCAACCGUUCCUGCUGAGGGUAGAAGACCGCCCAGGAUAGGGAAUAUUGGACACACGACACGCUUGGCUAACAAGCUUAUCCAAGUAGGGAAUGACAACAGAGACGUACAGACUUUUUUUCAGAAAAAUAGUGAAUGGGUUGAUUGGUAUUCAAAUGUACUGCUGAAGCGCAAUGCAGUGGAAAACGUUUUCCAGUGGGCAUGCGGGAGGCCUACAACACUACAAGAUCGGACAAGAGACAGUGACGAUGAUGAUUACCGAGAUAGGGAUUAUGACGUUGCUACUUUGGCAAAUAACUUGAGCCAGGUCUUUCGUUAUGGAGUCUCUAAAAAUGAUGAUAUUGAUGAGGUUCAUGGUUCACUUGAGCGAGAUUAUGAGGACGUGUACUUUGAUGAUGAAUCUGCUGAAGAAGUCAUUUCUUCCCUUCGAUUGGGAGAUGACCAGGAUAGUGGGUCGCUUUUGACAAAUUCCGACUGGUUUGCAUUUGAGGAUGAAAGAAUAGUUAAUGAGCUUCCAACUGAUCCAGUUCCUUCCCCUUCUUCCAACAUUGAGGGGCUUGAGGUUGUCAAUGGAGGAGCUGAUGAUGAAGUAAAUGUCAAUGAAGAUGAAGAUUUGGCAGGCACUGCUACAUCUGAACAGCCUGAACUAAAACCAAGUUUAGCCGAUCCUGCACCGAACAAUCUAUCUGAGAACUCAACAGAAUCAGAAACAAGGGUUAGUGAGAAGCCACCCGAAUGGGUUGAAUGGAGGGUAGAUUCAGAUUUAGUUGAAUUGUCUGAUCCAACCUCGACUUUACCUCCAAAUUCACCAGAAUGUGAGCUUCAUGUGGAAUCUGACAUUCAGCCUGAUAAUGCUGGCUCAGAUAAAGCAGAUGCUUCCCAGUCCUCUGUUACUGCAUCCGUGGAGAAUUGCAAGAGUGAUGCUGGAGGAGGAUCAUCCUAUUUAAUAAAGAUCGACUUAGGUGCCAAAAUUUCUCAACCAGCAGAAGCAGGAGAAGGGAUCUCGAGCACUGGACAUGUGGAUUCUCUUACUAGUACAGAAGGCUCAUCUGGACAUGUUACUGAAUCCGAAGAGAAAAAUUGA